UCUUUUUCUGUGUCUUUGCCAUCUGAUUCAGAGAACCUGAGCGAUGGCGUCCAGUCUGAUGAAAACCCUAAUCACAUCUUCCAAAUUGGGAUCAGCGGUGGGAGUCAGGAAUCUCAGCUUUGUUUCCAAUCAAAUCAGCAACCAUACCGCCAAAUGGAUGCAGGAUACUAGCAAGAAAUCUCCAAUGGAGUUGAUCAACGAAGUUCCACCUAUCAAGGUUGAAGGCAGGAUUGUUGCUUGUGAAGGAGAUAAUGACCCAGCUCUUGGGCAUCCAAUUGAGUUUAUUUGCCUCGACCUCGCAGAGCCAGCUAUUUGCAAGUACUGUGGUCUUCGGUAUGGUCAGGAUCAUCAUCACUAGGAAUCUGGAGCUGAUUAUUGUUCUGUAAGGGAGUAAACCAGAUCCAUGAGGCAUCCUUGUAUCUUGGUUGGAGCCUUUUCUGAGGCGUAGUUAAGUUGAUAUGAUAAUUACCUGAAUUGUUAAACUUGUGAGCAGAAUAAGGAUUCGAGAUGCCUGUUGAUUUUCUUCUUCCGGACUACAUGGAUAUAUGAAACUGAACCCUGUUUUCCAUUUUUUUCCCCCAACAUUCCUCUUUAAGAAAUAUUGUGAUGAGACUGCUGUGGAUACUUUUCUAAUGAAGCUUCUUCUCUGAUGAUAUAUGGACAUAAGAUUUCAGGCCA